CUACCACAGUAUAAGCUAUCAGCCACACUAGAAGGACAUACGGACGAUGUGAAAUCAGUGUUUGCUUGCAAAGAUAACUCAAUCUUAUCCGCCAGUAGAGACGGUACAGUGAGGAGGUUCGCAGGCGAUAACUACGACUUAAAGGGGACAUACCUUGGACAUAUGGGCUACGUCAAUAGCGUGCACUACAUGGAAGACAGUGAUUUGAUCAUUUCAGGAGGUUCAGACUCCCGUAUACUUAUACACGAUAAAGGACGUGCUGAGAAACCACUCGAGAGCCUUCUAGAGCAUUGGAAUAAUGUUUGUUGCUUGGAUACGCGUGGAAAUACUAUCGCAAGUGGUAGUUGGGAUCUGACCGCACGCGUUUGGAACGUUGCUGGAGGACACUAUGAGCAGGUCAGCAAGCUCGAUAAGCAUGAUGCAGCAGUAUGGGAUGUCAAACUCCUCCCAGAUGGAUCUCUACUUACGGCGUCUGCCGAUAACUUCAUCAGACACUUCAACCCUGAUGGCUCGCUCAACAGGCGUUUUGAAGGCCACACAGAACCUGUACGCGCGUUGGCUAUUUUGGACGGGACGUCCUUCUUCUCAGCCUCGAAUGAUGGCACAAUCCGCAAAUGGAAUCUCAAAACAGGCGAACAGAUAGCAGUCUUACCAGGCCAUUCGUCUUUUAUAUACUCACUUGCUAUUUUAUCAUCACCGGACGGAGAAGAUUAUCUCGUGAGUUGCGGUGAAGAUUAUGAAGUUAGGGUUUGGUUGGGUGAGACAUGCUUGCAAAGUAUACUUAUUCCUGCUGUGUCUAUUUGGAGCGUUUCCGUGCUCCCUAAUGGAGAUUUCGCUGUCGGCACAUCACAAAACCUUAUUCAUGUGUUUACGACUACUGAGGAGCGCAAAGCCAAUUUAAAUAUCCUUGAGGAAUGGGAUGCACAGACAAAUGAAAUCAAAGACAGACAAACUGGACGCUCAGCGACUAACAAAAAGGCGACUGAGAUAUCACCAAUUGUUAUUGAUAUCGAUGUCGACGAUGACAAACCAAACCUACAACUGACGUACAAUGUUGGUGAAGAUGUGCAAGAAGUUGCCGAGAAAUUCGUGCAAGCCAAUGAUCUUUCCGAAAAUUACAUUCAAAGGAUUGCACAGUUCCUUGCUCAAGCGACUGGACAGCCUGAGGUGCAAAAGUCAGUAAAGGAAGAACCAAAGGCUGAGAAGACGCCUAUUAAACGAUUAGCCGAGAUACUUACAUCGAAUGAGACUAAGAAAGUUAUCAUCAUGGCUGGUGCUGGUGUAUCUACAAGUGCAGGUCUACCUGAUUUCAGAUCACCUAAUACAGGUUUAUAUGCAAACUUGCAACAGUACAAUUUACCAUAUCCUGAAGCCGUAUUUGAUAUAGAUUUCUUCAGAGAACAACCGAAGCCAUUUUACGCACUGGCUAAAGAGCUCUAUCCAGGUUCAUUCUUGCCUACGAUUACACACUAUUUCUUUAAACUAUUAGAGAAUAAAGGAUUACUGAAGAGAGUGUUCACACAGAAUAUAGAUACACUUGAAAGGGUUGCUGGUGUCUCGGAUGAUCUAAUGGUAGAGGCUCACGGUUCAUUUGCGAAAGCGCGCUGUGUAAGUUGCAAAGAACUGAGUGAUGGAGAGUAUGUCAAGAGCUGCGUAAUGAGAUCCGAGAUACCGGUGUGUCAAGAAGUUGGUUGCGCUGAUGACAAAAACGCUUUUGUUAAACCCGAUAUAACCUUCUUUGGUGAAGCGCUUCCUAGGAACUUCUUUGACAAGCUUGAUGAUGACUUCAACCACUGCGAUCUCCUGAUUGUCUUGGGUACAUCACUUAAAGUCAACCCAUUUGCUUCAUUGAUAAGUUUUGUUGGUGGUGAUACACCAAGAGCACUCUUGAAUUUGGAACAAGCUGGUGUUUACGAAGGCGGUGGUUUCAGUUUUGAUGAAGGCUCAAGAGAUAUCUUCUGCAAAGGGAAAGUAGAUGAUGUUGUUGUCAACCUCGCAGAGGAAUGCGGAUGGAAAGGCGAAUUAAUGGAGUUAUACGAAACUGAAAGACAAGAGAAAGCGAAGGAAUUCAACUUGAUAGAUAGUCUAACAGAGGAUCUCUCGAAGAUAAAGAUGUAAUGAAUAAAUUUGUAUAACAGUCAAUUUAGUACACACGAUAGUAGGAGUAAAGAUAUACCUUGAA